AUGACAACUCUUUCACGUUUUCAUCACAUGCAUACUGAACAACGGGAUCAAUCGAAUGAAAAAAUACUUGAUACAGUUAAUAAACUUCUUGAUCGAUUAUCAUUCAUUCAACCACAUUGUCUUGAAGAACUUGAACAAUGGCGUGAAACAGCUUAUCAAUCUAUAGAUCAAUAUUAUAAAAAGAAACGUCAUGAUUUAAUUGAAAAACGACUAGAAAAACAUCAAAUAGAACUUAGUCAUCUUCAAGAUGAAGUCAAUCGAUUAAUUAAUGAACCAAAUCUAACACAAAGUCAAUGUAAGUUAAUUAAUCAUAAUAUUCAAUUAGAAGAAAUUAAACUUAAUGAACUUGAACAUCUUCAAUUAAUUAUGCGUCCAUUAAUCAUCGAUGAAAAUUUUGUAGUUCAACGAAAUAUCUUUCCUCUAUCUCAACCGUAUCGAAGCAUUCAUAUGAAAACAGGCGUUGAGAGUUCGAUUGCUGUCAAUGAUAAAUAUCUUCUUAUUGAUCGAGAAGGUACAUAUCUAUGUUUACUUGAUCGAAAUUUAAGAAUUGUUAAUGAAACACCAUUUAAACAUGAUGGGAUUCAUAGUAUUUGUUGGUCAUCCACAAUAAAUCAAUUUAUCAUCAUUACUUUUAAAGAAAUAUUAACAUUUGAUGCAGAUACAAUGCUAUUGGAAAAGUCUCCUAUUUCAUCUAAUCAAACUUGGUGGCGUGGUACAAGUUCAGAAGACGAUUUAUUCUUAUCAACGGCAGAAUGGGGUUCAUCAAUCUAUGUAUUUAAUAUCCGAUCAUCGUUUGAAUUGAUCAAAGAAUGGCAUUCACCUAUUACAUGUGGAAAAGAUGAAAUAAUUUGUGAUCUAAAAUAUAAGAAUAGUUUUCUUGCUAUUCCUAUUUUUAAUAAACACAAAGACGAAAGUCGUCUUGAUUUACAUUCAUCAAUAACAUUCGAAUGUAUUUGGUCAGUUCGAAUUCAUGGACGUUGUCGUUGUUGUUCAAUUAAUAUUAAUCAAUGGUUAGUAAUGGAUCAUGACGAUUGUCAAUUCUUUCAUAUUUCGGCUGAUGGACAACUUUUAAAAUCGGAUAAAUACGAUCAACAUCAACGACUUGAAGAUAUUCUUCCAUGGGGUGAAAAUAAUAUAGUCGUCUUAACCAAAAAAACUGUUAAUUUGCACGAAAUUUAA